GUACAAGAUCGAGGUGAAGGCAGACGGCUCCAGGAAGGGCGAGAAGACGAUACUGAAGGGGGUGUCCGGGGCCGUGCUCCCGGGGGAGAUGCUGGCGAUGAUGGGACCCUCGGGGAGCGGGAAGACCACCUUGCUUACAGCCCUGGCUGGUCGCCUUGCCCGCCCCGGCCGCCGCCUCUCCGGUAGCAUCACCUACAACGGUCGGCCCUUCUCCAACCAGCUCCGGCGCAGUAUGGGCUUCGUCUCCCAGGACGACAUCCUCUACCCCCACCUCACCGUCUCCGAGACCCUCCUCUACACCGCCCUCCUCCGCCUCCCGCGCACCCUCUCCCGCACCGAGAAGGCGGCCCAGGCCGAGCAGGUCAUGGUCGAGCUCGGCCUCCUCGGCUGCUGCAACAGCAUGAUCGGCGGGGCCCUCGUGCGCGGGAUCUCCGGUGGGGAGCGCAAGCGGGUCAGCGUCGGCCAGGAGCUGCUUAUCAACCCCAGCCUGUUGUUCCUCGACGAGCCUACCUCUGGCCUCGACUCCACCAUCGCCGGCCGGAUCGUGACCACCAUCGCCGACCUCGCCCGGGGGGGCAGGACCGUGGUGAUGACCAUCCACCAGCCCUCCAGCCGGAUCUUCUACAUGUUCCACAAGAUCCUGCUGCUCUCCGACGGCCACACCCUUUACUUCGGCAAGGGCUCCGACGCCAUGAACUAUUUCGCCAGCAUCGGCUACGCCCCCGCCGUGGCCAUGAAUCCCGCCGACUUCCUUCUCGACCUCGCCAACGGUUUGGCUCCCGAUGAAACACUGGAGAGCCGAGAAGCUCUUAAGGAGACUUUGUCCUCUGCCUACUCUCACCGCUUGCAUAAUCAGAUAGUUGAGGAGCUCCGAGAAGUAGGAGGAGAAUUUAAAGAAUCUGAGCUCCAUAAAACUAGAAACGAGUGGUCUACAACCUGGUGGGAACAAUUCUCAGUGUUGCUCCAGAGAGGCAUGAAAGAAAGGAAGCACCAGGCCUUCUCUGGAUUCCAGGUGGCACAGAUUAUUAUAGCAGCUUUUCUUGGAGGGUUUAUGUGGUAUGGAUCCAGAGGACAUGUUCAAGACCAGAUGGGCCUCCUUUACUUUAUCCUGGGAUUCUGGAGUUUCUACCCCGUCUUCGAAGCCUUAUUCACUUUCCCACAGGAACGCACGAUGCUGACUAAAGAGAGAGUUUCGGGAAUGUACAGGCUCUCCUCCUACUUCACGGCUAGGAUGGUCGGUGAUCUGCCCAUGGAGCUUAUCCUCCCCAUUGUGUUCCUCACCAUCACGUACUGGUUGGGAGGUCUGAAGCGUAGCUUGUGGAGCUUCCUCAUUACCCUGUCUGUCAUGCUCCUGCAGGUUCUUAUCGCCCAAGGCCUCGGGUUUGCGCUCGGGGCCUUGGUCAUGGACCUCAAGGCUUCUACCACGCUUGCGUCCGUGAUCUUGCUUUCCUUCAUGCUCGCUGGGGGGUACUACGUCCAACAUGUGCCCCCCUUCAUUGCUUGGAUCAAGUACAUCUCCUACAUCUACUACACCUUCAAGAUCCAGAUAUCCGCUCAGUACUCGCCCGGCGACACCUACGAGUGCUCCGGUGGCCAGAGAUGUCCUGUUGAAAGUGUUCCUGCAAUCGCUGUAGUUGGCUUUAGCCAUCAGAGUCUAGCAAUUGCGGCCUUGUUCAUAAUGUUCAUCUUUUUUAGGGUGGUGGCUUAUGUUGCCUUGAUGAGGGUCGGAAGGAUCAAGUCGAGCAAUAGUUCUUGCAUACAUUAACUCUCCAGAAAAAAGAAAAUUUUGUAACUCAAAACUAAGGGUUUGUAACUCGUAA